AUGGCGGCGAAUGCUGAGGACAGCGAUCACUCGGUCUGCGUCAAAUGCGGCUCAACUUCAACUUUGCACUGCUCGGCAUGUGAAUACGACGAAGAGCGAGGAUGUCAAGCUAAAACCCGGUACUGUAGCAAGAGCUGUCAAGCAGCCGACUGGGUGGAACACAAAACCAAAUGUCUUCGAAUCCGGCGAGUCAACAACCUCUACAGAAGUGUCAAGUCCGUUCAGAGCGUCUUCUAUGGCUUCCGCAAAGCUUUCUUCGACAUUGCUAUCAAAAACAUUACAAUAACUCCGGAAAAGAUCGUCAUCCGCGAAGGCGCCUACGGCUCAAAUAUCACACUCCCAUUCCCCGACGAGCUGAUUCCUGACCCAAGGGAUCAAGAAGCUGUGCUCGCUCAUUUCGCUUGUGAUGAUGCGGUUGGCUGGAUGCAUCAUUUCCUAGAGAAGCUGCUUGAAGGCACAUAUCAAAGCAUCAGAGAACUCAAGAUCGACUUCAAAAAUUGCACUCGUAGGAUCGAGAUGCCUGAUAGAGGCUCUCCUCCUGAGGUCAUGGUACAUGGUUUCCCGCAACCCCCACAGCUCAAGAAUCCCCAUGUGGUCCUCAAAGUCACCGUCAGAGGAGGCCCAGUGUACGCCGUCGACAUCGCAGGCGCGCAAUUUGGUGUCCACGACCCGGUCUUGGGGUGGGACACUUACGCUGACUGCUACAUCCAAUCUGUCGCUUUCCAGGAGAAUUUUGGUCACAAGAGAGGAAAAUUGAGAGGCCCGCGAGACAAAAUACAGCUGCUCACUAGUGAUCCUGUCUCAGACGCUAUUCUCGGCAAUCAGCGCAUGGUGGUCGAUGAUAUGGAGAUAAGAUUCGACACCUGGCUCAGCAAGCACAAUUAUUCUGUGGCGAAGAUGCUGAAGAUGCGGAAGGAGGACCAGAUGAAAGCGUUGAAAGACAUGGCCGACACUCUCAUCGGCGGAAUGCAGAAUUUUGCGGAGAAAGCAUCGACAGCAAAGGACUUUGUUGUCGCCGUGGAGCAACGUUCUGGACGCCAAGCUUACCCAGGAAGUCAUGUCACAUAUGUCUUCGGAAAUGGUGGUCGACGAUCCCUGGACGAAUUGAGAAAGGAAGGUCGCAAGGGGCAAUGGCAGAAAAUACCAUUGAAGGACAAAGAGUUUGAGGGCUUUGAGGUGCUGCGCAAUCCCAAUGACGGGGUGAUCGUGCUGAAUGUUGAUUUCUGA